AUGAUGGGUAGGUGGUCGCCGCUUUUUUUCGUCACGCUGAUAACGGUGGAGCGGUGUCACUCCGUGCGCUACUACUACAAAUCCACCCAAAAGGAGGACUUCCUCAUCGGAGCCCUGUUCCCAAUUCACCGUCCUCCCUACACGAACGAGAAUGCAUCCAGCAGUUGCGGUGGAGUUUGGGAACUACCAGGCAUCCAGCGAUUCGAGGCCGCACUGCAGACCGUGGACGACAUCAACUCGCGCCCUGACCUGCUGCCCAACUCGAGGCUGGGAAUCCAGAUACGCGACAGCUGCCAGUACGCGGCCAUCGCGCUCGAACAAGUGUCGCAGAUGAUCAAACGAUCAGCGUGGUCCACGGUCGAAUACCGCGAGGAGCCGCACCCGUACCACCGGCCACCGCCCGACGUGGACAGCAUACGGGCCGCCCGGUGCGAAGACACCGCUCCAGAGAAAAACCUGGUCGCUGUCGUGGGUCCGUUACUCGAGGGCGGAGCGCACGACGUGCACAGCUUGAUGAGCCUCUUCAAGAUCCCCGUGAUCAGCUACUCGUUCGACGGCCAACAGCCCGACUCCAGCUCGCUGAUGGGGUACUACCUCAGCGUGGCGCCCUCAAAUGAGUCGACGCAGGCCCGAGCCAUGGCCGACCUAGUGGCCUAUUUCAACUGGACAUACGUCUCCACAGUCUACACUAACGACGCCGCAAACGAAGCCACUUUGACAGAGUUCAUGAGGGUGUCUAAGGACAGGGGCGUAUGCAUCGCCCGAUUCUUGGCGCUGAGCCCCCAGGCGACCAAGGCAGAGUACUACGAGGCGAUUGCCAACCUGCAGAGCGACGAGAACAGCCGAGUGAUCGUGUGUUUCUGCGCCUCCGUCACCAUCGUCCGGCUGCUCACCGCCAUUCGUAACACGAACAUCACAGGACGUUUCACUCUCGUCGUGAGUUAUGAAGUCAUGUUCUAA